CCGGAAGUUAUGGUUUUGCUUCGACUAGCAUGACACCGGUGAGGUGAGCAGACAGAAAACCACGCUGCGGGAAUUUGAUAAAACCACAGACAUGGAGGUAUCAAGGAGAAGGAUCCUCCAGAAACAUCUGGAGCCUGCGAGACCCCUGCGUCGCUGCAUCCAUAUUGACAUGGAGCCCAAAAUAAAUGCUGCCACAUGUGCACAGGCACUGAUGGAGGAAGUGGAUCAAGAGACAGAUAUUAGCAUAGAGCAGUUCUACAAGAUUGUCAACCUCCAAAAACAUAACGAAGGCAGAAUAUCUUACACAAGAGAUUUUUUAAUUGGGUUGGCAAGUUGUCCUGAGGCCAGGAAGAAGCCGGAAUUCUUGCCAGAGCACCCCAUAGUCUUAACUGAGGCAAGAGAUCCUGGGGACCUAAGGCUUCAUGAAAUGGGUGGUGGAAAAGAGGAGAUGGCGGCAGUAAGACUUCACUCACCUUAAAAAAUUUGCACUGGUGUUCACUGUUUACCCCAAAGAGUGUUUGUUUUUACCUUUUUACUUUUCUUGUUGAAUUUUAUUUAACUCGUGACAUUUAUUUUGCAUGUUUAUUAUUUGAUAACUAUUUGAAGUGAAGUUGCACAAGUCAUAAUACUAAACACCACUUUAUUUGCUUAAGUAUGAGUGUUGCACUUUAACUUAUAUUUUCUGCUGUGUAGGAUUUUGGCUACGGUGAAGUAUUUAUAUUGUGUAGAAAUGGUCUAAACAUAAGAUAUUAAUGGCUACUUUUCAAAAAACUAUGGGGGAAAAUUGCCCUUUUAUGCAGACUCGUCAUUACUCAUACUGGAAUCAUAAAAAACACUUCUUAAAGUGACAGUGAACAAAAUGAUGUUUGCCAUCAGCUGGGGUUAUAUCAGCAUUGUGAUUUAACAUGUCUUUCCAAACAUGUUAAUUUCUUCUCUCAUAAAGGACAGUUUGACUCAACA